AUGGGCGGCAAGGCGAGCGUGAACAAGGUGGCCGACACCCACACGCGCACGAUGCGGUCACAUGGCUCUGACAAACAAGUUGGCGGGACACGACCGGCCGGUCGAGCAGGGCCCGUUGCCCCGUCAACGUUGGCACCUACCUCCGACGCAGUGUUGGAUGAGCGAGGAGGUUACAAGAUGUGCUUGGCGCCAGAUACACGAGUGUAUUGGAUAAACAAAGCCGGCGAUCGAUGCUACGAAGAGCCGGCGUCUUGGCGACCAGCCAAGCGGCCGAGCAUGGUGCAGGUCGCCCCCGUUGUCACUCCACCUUUCGAGACGACAAUUCCAGGAACUUUGGAGGACGCAGCGGAAUGCGAUGAUGUACAUGCCGACCACACAUCCGAGGAACGGCGUAGCAGCCCCGCCUAUUGUGCCACAGAUGGCAACGACUCGUUGCGGGGGCCAGAGGGCCAUACUCCCUUGACAGGACAAGCCAGCGUCGCCCAGACCGUACAGCCCGCGAUUGGAGAAGACAGCACCGCCCAAGCAAUGCAACAGCAACUGCAGCCGCCAUUGUGCAAAGAAGUGAGCAUUGGCAAUAUCCUCAAGGAUGCGCUUGGGGACGCGACUGUUGUCGUCCCAAGAUCCAUGCCGCCGCGCCCAUCCGCUCCCUCCCUCACCAAAGAAGCCAGCAUUGCCAAUAUCUUGAGAGAUGCCGUGGGCGACGAUGCAGCUUUUGUCCUUACGCCAACACAGCAACAGUCGUCAAAGGCGCUGACGAAAGAAGCCAGCAUCGCUCAAAUCUUGAGAAGUGCGGUCGGCGACGAUGCAAGAGUUACUGUUACCACACCAGCCCAACCACUGCCGUCGAAACUCAUGUCAAAGGAAGCGAGCAUCGCCAACAUGCUGCGGGAAGCUGUGGGCGACGCAAGUCCCUCGGUCUUUCCGACCAUGUCGUCAAAGCAAGCUGGCAUUGCGAAUAUUCUCGAGUCCGUGUUGGGCGAGAGCGGCUCCCCCAGUGCUAUCGAGGGGCCCAACACCAAUGCCGCAUCCUUGCGCAAAUUUGAAAUUCGCGCAGCUGUCGACCGACUCAGUGACCCAUCGGACAACACCCUCCAGCCGAAGCAAGCCACGGACGUCGAAACUGCCCAACUCCUCAACAUCUCCGCGACUCGGUCGGCCCGUCGCAUCGAUCAAGUCGACGGACGGAGCAGCUUCAAAUUGACGCAGACGCUCAGCACAUCACCGAGCAAGGCGGUGCUCGAUCCGUCCGAGUCACAGGCAGAGCUAGAUCGACUGCGCAGCAUCGGUGGCGACACAUUUGAAGUCCCGGGCUUGACUUUGCCCGCGCAGGAAGACGGCGCUGAGGUUCCUUCGUUGGCGCACAAUGCCCCUGUCCAUGGCACUACAACCGAAACAGCAGGGCCAACGUCACCGAUCAGAGGUCGCGGGAAGCGCGCCACGUUUAACCAAGGAUCGGUGCCAUUACGUCUCGAUGCGUCUGCUUCACAACAGCUCCCGCCUCACCUUGUUGUACCUCAUGUGCAAGCACAACCGCACCCUGCCGAUGUCACCGCGUCCAUGUCCCGCCCAGUUCGCAUGUCCAUCCCAGGCGGCGGACGCUCGCACGAACUUUUACACUCUAAAGCCGUACAGCCGCGGCAGUUGUCGCUGCCCACCGCCGACUUGAGCGGUAACGCAAGUGCCGACCUCAAUCGGAUUUUGCUCGAAACCCAAGGAGCAGUCGCGUCCCACAUGGAAGAAAAUGGUGGAUCCAUCGACGUCACUCCGCCCAUGCCCAAGCCGAUUCCAAUUCGAAAUACGCGUGCGAGCUUCACCCGAGGUUCCCAAGAGCAAGCGAUCCUCCCGACGACUGCCCGGCUGCAAACAUCGUCCCGCACGUCGUUCCGACAAGCGCGACUGUCCAACGCAGACGUGGAGUCGCUGAUCUCAGCCAGUCGAGGGGGCGGCAUCGUGCCGUCGACCUCCCAGGCAAAUCAGUUCAUGCUGGUAGAGCAGCAAGCUGCAAGGCAAGCUCUCGAAGCAGCGAAGAAGCCGCUCUCCGUGUCACGACCUGCCGUCGAUGGAGCAUCGAACACAAACGUUGUCGGUCUCAUGCGAGUCUCUCCCAGCAAAGCGAACCUCUUGUCGACCGGUCAACACGACGACCGCCAGGAUUCGACGACUCUGCAGGCCACACCAAGUCGAGGCCAGCUGGACCCCCCCAUGAUGUUGCAUCACUCCACCAGUCGAUCGUUCCGGCAACCGCGCAUGGUCGAAGGCGGACGAGACUUCAUGCUGCAACGCAGCGCGACGGGCCUUCGAGGCAUGAGCACAUCGCCGUCCAAGGCUGUCCUGGUGCCUUCGGAAUCCCGGGCCGAACUGAAUCGCAUGAUAUUAGCCGAUUUACACGCGUCGGUCGAUGCGUUGGCGGACGAUGGACAUGGGGCAACGGUUGGGCGUAUGCGAACGUCGCCAAGCCAGGCAGUGUUGGUGCCGUCAGAGUCCAGGGCAGAAUUGAACCGCCUGCUCUUGGCGGACCAGCACUACGCCUCCUCUAGCGACGACAGCAACUCGGGCUGCAUUGGUCUCAUGCGGACUUCGCCAAGCAAGGCCGUCCUGGUGCCUUCCGAGUCCAGGGCGGAACUGAACCGACUCCUCUUAUCCGAUCAACACGUUGCUUCAUUGCAAGACGAUCACGGGGGCACCAUCGAUGUCAUGCGUACGUCGCCCUGCGAGUCGGUGCUGGCUCCAUCCGAAUCCCGGACGGAUCCCAGUCGACUGCUCUUGUCCGAUUCGCGCACUGCCGACAACGGAGGAUUCGUUGGGCUCAUGCGAACUUCCCCGAGCACGGCUGUGCUGGUGCCAUCCGAUUCGCGUGCCGAGCUCAACAGGCUGCUCUUGGCCGAUGAACAUGCAUCGAUGGCUGCCGAUCCGUCGGGCGCCCCACUUGCGUCUGCAUUCCGCACCGGCGACGCGUCUUGUAGAACCGUAUCGACUUCUCUAAGCCGGGGCAGUCUUCGAGAUUCGCGCAAGAAUUUACAGCACUCCCCAAGCCGAUCCUUCCGGCAGAAUCGCACGCAAGACGUAGAGAGAGAUCGCAUUCAACGGAGCAGCACAGGUCUCCGGGGAAUGCUAGCAUCUCCAAGCAAGGCAGCGGUGAGGCCGACACCGUCCAGAGCGGAGCUCAUGCAGUUCGUGAUCGAUGACAAACAGACAGGGACUUCAACAACGGGGGCAUCCUCGCCAACGUUGCUGUCCACAACGGCACCGCCCGACGCUGCAAACUACAUGACAACCUCCACACUGUGCAUAGAUCGUGCUUCAUUACCUUGGGAAGAAACCGAGCAACUCGAGCGGGAACACCAACGAGUUCCGCACCCCAACGGCGACAUGAUUGCGGCCGACGAAUGCACACCUUCAUCCGACGAAAGCUCGUCUUCUCGGGAGGCAGCACACACGUGCGAGGGACAGCCAAGCGCCCAUCACGACAUGGCGACCGGACCUGCAAACGACGACCUCAGCGCAGCAGAUAGCACACCUCCAUCCGACGAGUCAUGCGUGACUUUUGCGGACUCCACGGACACCUCGUUGCACGAUCGGAGUGAGCUAACACGGGAUGCUGAAGAAAGGGGGCAAGCCUUCCUCCACGACGUGUCGAGUCAAUCUUUGUCGGGCGCCGCUCCCACCGCUGCCUCGAUUCGACCGCUCUCGAUCGACGAUGCACUCUUUUCUCCAUCCGACUCUCCAAAGUUGUUUUCCCCCGACGUCGAUCCCACCGAAGCGGAAGCACUGUCGCCAACGGAUGUUGACUGUCCGAGCCUCCAUACAGAGCGCAGUGGUCUGGAAACAAUCGAUUCAAGUGCAUCGAUCGAGUCGUCGCACGACGCGGCGGUGUGUUCGACCCGUGCACCGAGGGCAUGA